UAGUACCUUAAGACCCUAGGGGAGGUUUGUAUAAAAAUACUUAAAACCUUUCUAGUAGGGUAAAGAGGGUAAGAGUUUUAUUUUAUUUUAGGUGUGCCAGAUGGGCGGUGAGCCACCCAAGGGAUGGCCGGCUGGGCGGCCUUACCGCUGUCUUAAACAAUAUGUGAGUUCUGAAGAAUGGGAGACGCAUAGGGAAUGUUGUCACGUGAAGUCGGUGCCGUGCGGAGUAGGUGAAUGUGACGCUCGCUUCACGCCAGCAGAAGUGGAGAGGCUGACCCUCCACCGGAAGCGCCAUUCCACCUCCUCCGGUGGGGGUCAGCAGGCUGCUGCCGGGGAGCCGCCCCAGAAAAGGAGGAGAGGACGCGAGCUUGGAAGGGGGGAUGGCACGGGGCAGGAGCUGGGGGUCGAUCCCGCGUCGAUCUCGACGCCCCAGCUCCAAGCCGUCGUGCGUCCCCGGAAGGAGGAAAUGGAGAGCGCAAGGGAGGAGCCAUUGGUCACCUCAUCGCCCAAACCUUCAACAUCCCUCUGCCCUUCAGUAGAUGACGCGCCCGCUGCUCGAGGACUCGUGGCGGAGGAUGUUGAUCCGUGGUGGUCCAGCAUUGCUGAUGAGGACAUUGCCGCCCUGACAGGGCCUGACGUGUCGUUAGACGAUCAUGAUAUUGAUGCACUGUUGGACCUUUGUAAUUAAGAACUC